UUCGAGAUACAAUCAUUUUAUGUUUAUUCAGACUUUGAGACCGAUAUCCUCAAUGGACAAUAAGUUAAAAAAAAAAAUAUUUGGAAGUUAAAAGGUAAAAUUGAAUUGAGAAGAAUUACAUGUGUUUACCAAUGCAACGACCUUUGUAUCGGAAAAUUAUCAGCGUCCGAUGCAGCGACUAACGAACUAUAUAAGACUUUCGAUCAAGUGCCAUAAAUUCGUAUCGACGCGCACACCUUUCCAAGGCGAAACGAACAAUAACUAUCGCUAAACCAUCAUAAUGAUAGUUACUCGCCAGUUCAUUGUGCGUCACGUCGGAGGAAAUCGGUAUAGCUCAUAAAAUCGAUUUAAUGUGCUGUUUCGAGGAAGCGAACAGGAAGACAACGAGAACGAACGAAGCUUCGAAAUUGUCCAUACAAUUGUCAAAGGCAACCCUUACAAAUAUGAAUAACUCACAUUUGGAACAUUUAUACAACUGCAGCGCAUCGAUUUUGGAGCUUAAUAUUACAUUGCUAUUGAGAUUAAAUUUUAACGAAAUCCGUUAUUUUAUCGAGGGUGCAUUGAACAAGUCAACUAUGCGUGAUUAUCUUCGACAGGCACUCUUAGACUGUAUUCUCGUCAACCAGAAACGGCCGUUCGAUUUGCCGUGGUGGCAGAAGCUCUUCUGGUCUUUGAUAUUCGCGGUGAUACUGCUGGUCGCAACUGGUGGCAAUAUUAUCGUUAUAUGGAUCGUACUUGCUCAUCGGCGAAUGCGAACUGUCACUAAUUACUUCUUGGUAAAUCUUUCCGUCGCGGAUCUUAUGAUGUCAUUGCUCAACUGUGCUUUCAACUUUAUCUUCCUCCUCAACUCUAAUUGGCCCUUCGGAAUGGUGUAUUGCACCAUCAAUAACUUUGUAGCACACGUGACUGUCGCUUCUAGCGUUUUUACUCUCGUCGUAAUUUCAUUUGACAGGUACAUGGCCAUUAUGCAUCCCCUUAAACAUCAUAUGUCUCGCAAGAGGACAGUGAUAACUUUAAUUUUAAUCUGGGGCAUCUCAUCUGCACUAGCGAUUCCGUGCCUUUUAUAUUCCACAACGUCAUUACGCAGGUAUUCUAAUGGAACAACCAGAAUCUCCUGUUACUUACUGUGGCCUGACGGUGCUUAUUUACAUAGCAAAACGGAAUAUUGCUACAAUCUCCUCUUCCUCAUUGUAACGUAUCUAAUUCCCAUGUCAGUGAUGGCUAUCUGUUAUACAUGCAUGGGACGAAAGUUAUGGGGCUCGAAAUCUAUUGGCGAACUCACGCACUAUCAAAAAGAAUCGAUGAAAUCUAAACGCAAGGUAUGUUACAACUACGCGUAUUAUCGAAUAUUCAAUAAUUGUUACAGAUUUCGAGUUUACUUUGAACUGGUAAUAUGUAAAUGCUGCUGUAUGAUAGAUCGGACAAACGUACAAACUCACGAAAUACAAGAAUUAGCGGGAUUUCAACGUUCAGACCUCAUACCAUGUAAUUCUGGUCGUUUUAAAUCUACUUCUGUCAGAUGGCGACAAAGCGUAGCCGAAAGCCAGGUACAAACUUUUAAAAUGAAUCCUCGAACAAUGUGCGAGAGGCUUCAAACUAAAGAGGAUGUUGCUAUAAUAUGAGUUAAAUAUAAUUUAAGUAUUUAUAAUAAUAACAUUACAAAUGAUGUCAUAAUAUUUAUAGUUCACAACAAGCUUUGUUAUAAGUGAUUAUCGAAUGUUAUAAUGCAAUUCUGGUUGCACAAAUGCUGAAUGACUAAUAAUAAUAAGUUUAAGCAUAAUAUCUCUUAUCUUAUC